GUUCGUUCCUUCCUUCGAACAACUAAUAUCUCCCAACACAAACGCACAGUUAUUUCAUACCAUGAACUCCAUGGGAACCAUUGCUCUAUUUUCCUUUCUCCUCUUACAACUCAUAACGGCCACUAUUUCUACCACGUACAAUGCCACAGUCUAUGUCUUGCUCAACUGUGGUGCACCAUCAGCCAUCAUCGAUGAAACCGAUGGCCGUCGAUGGGAUACUGAUACGCACUUCCCAAAUUUCUUACCUUCCAACUUUUCAAGCAUAUCCACAACAACCAUAGCUUCUGAACAAGACUCUUCGGUCAAUAAAGUUCCUUAUACAACUGGUGCCCGUAUAAUAAAAUCUCAAUUCACCUACACUUUUCGCGUUUCCCCUGGCACAAAAUUCCUCCGUCUCUAUUUCUACCCCGCCAAUUACCCUGGCUUGAACAAAGCUGAAUCUUUUUUCUCCGUCACUGCUAAUCAUUUUAUCCUCCUGAGUAACUUCAGCGCUUUCCUCACAAGUACCACUUUGGGUAAAGGAAUUCAAAAAGAAUAUGUCAUCAAUGUUGAUGAAACUCAGAUACUCAAAUUAACUUUUUCUCCUGCACCAAACUCUUAUGCUUUUGUUAAUGGGAUUGAGAUACUUUCCAUGCCAACUGAUCUUUACAUCCAUGGAGACGUCAAAUUGAUUGGGUAUGAUAAUCCAUUUAACAUCGAUAACAGCACUGCUCUUGAAACUUUGUACAGGCUGAACGUGGGAGGCAAUUCAGUCGAUAGUACAGAGGAUACAGGGAUGUAUCGUGUAUGGAAUUCAGACGACGAAUUUGUUGUUGGAUAUGGCUAUCAAACUCAUCAUUUUGAUGUCAACAUCAGUUACACUCGUGAAACCCCGCCUUAUACUGUGCCGAAGAUAGUUUACACAACCUCUAGGAUUAUAACCAAUUUCAUCCCAAGCCUGGAUUGGGAAUUCCCUCUAAACUCUGGCUUCUUCUAUCUUUUCAGGCUCCAUUUUUGUGAGAUUCAGCCGGAAGUUAAAGAAGUAAACGCUCGAAGUUUUUCCAUUAAGAUCGGAAACCAAGAAGCCGAGGGAAAGGCUGAUGUAAUACAAUGGAGUGGAGGCUGGAGAGUCGCGGUGUACAAAGACUAUGUGGUUAAUGUUAGAAACCAAGACGGUGGAAGAAAUAAGCAAAACGUGACUCUUGAUUUGGGUUCUAUUCCGGAUUCUAGGUAUCAAAGUGCUAUAUUAAAUGGCUUAGAAAUUUUCAAGUUGAGCGACUCAAAUGGAAACCUCUCUGUGCCGAAUCCUGAAUUGUUUGUUCCGAUUAAUUCACCACCAAACAACAAUAAGAAGAGAUCAUUGCACAUCAAUACUGUUAUCACUGCAGUGGCUGUGAUCAGCGGAAUUGUUCUGUUUACGAUUCUCUGUUUCUUAAUUUUCCGUAGGUGGGAAAGUGGAAAAGAUCUCCAGACAAGGGUUACAAAGUCAUCGGACUCAACCCAAAGGACCGGCGGCUCAGGCUCAUCAUCACUACCAUCUGAUCAGUGCCGACACUUUCUAAUAGCAGAGAUAAAAAAUGCUACGGACAAUUUUGAUGAAAAAUUUGUGAUUGGAUAUGGAGGUUUUGGUAAUGUUUAUAAAGGGUACCUCGACAAUGGUACAACCACAGUUGCAGUCAAGAGAUCAAAUCCUUCAUCAAAGCAAGGGGUUCGCGAGUUCCAAACAGAGAUUGAGAUGUUAUCAUCGAAGCUAAGGCAUCGACAUCUAGUGUCCUUAAUUGGUUAUUGUGAUGACAAGAAUGAGAUGAUCUUGGUUUAUGAUUACAUGGCUAAUGGAACUCUUCGUGAUCACUUGUACAAUACUGACAAUGCUCCUCUUCCAUGGAAGAAACGCCUUGACAUUUGCAUUGGUGCAGCUAAAGGAUUAUAUUACCUUCAUUCAGGUACCAAACAUACAAUCAUUCAUCGAGAUGUGAAGUCAACUAAUAUACUAUUGGACGAUAAAUGGGUCGCCAAGGUGUCUGAUUUUGGAUUGUCCAAAGUAGGUUCACUAGGUGGGAUAGAUAUUACCCAUGUUAGCACUGCAGUGAAAGGAAGUUUUGGGUACAUAGAUCCUGAAUACUACAAGCGUCAACGAUUGACAGUAAAAUCAGAUGUUUAUUCUUUUGGAGUAGUUCUACUUGAAGUGUUAUGCGCUAGACCGGCAAUAAAUCCAAACUUGCCAUGUGAGCAAGUGAAUUUGGCCGAGUGGGCUUGUAGGAGUUGUAAAAAAAGAAAUUUUGAACAAAUCAUUGAUCCUAACUUGAAAGGACAAAUUGCCCCAGAAUGCUUAAGCAAGUUUGCAGAAUUGGCAUAUCAUUGUUUGAGAAAGGAAGGGGUCCAAAGGCCAUCGAUGGGUGAUGUUGUAAGAACUUUAGAAUUUGCAUUACAGCUCCAAGAGGGUGCUGAUAAUAGAGGUCAUGAGGUGGAAGGAUACACAUACCCCCCUGGUCCUUCUUUUCCCUUGAUUAUUAAUGGUCAUGAUGCUAAUAUAACAGCCAAUGAGGAUGAGAUUUUCUCAGAUUUAAGUGAAGUUAAAAGAAAGUUGACAAGCAAUGGUAUAUCCAUGUCGAUCAGUAAAAGUGCCAAAUUGAAGAAUGUCGCCAUUUUCUCUGAGAUUGUGAAUCCAUUAGGUCGAUGAAAUUGUUAUGAUCGAUACAACGAAGUUACAUGUAUAAGGUUUUUCAUGAUUAUGAGCCCGUUUGGAUGGGCUUAAAAAAAUAACUUUUAUGUAUGAAGUUCUUUUAGAAUUUUGAAGUGCUUAAAGUUAUUUUUAUAAAUAAGUAAUUGAGUGUUUGGAUAAA